AUGGCGGCGCGGGAGAGGGAAAGGCCCGGCCGGGUCAGCCGCGGAGGAGCCGCCUCUGCCUCCUGCUCUUCCAGACGCAGCGGGAGCGACCUCGGCGCCGCGCAGGGCCAAUCGGGGGCCGCGCUUUUGGAGCGUCACUUCCGGCGCGCGGCGCGGGAGCCCGGCUGGGGGCGUUGCCAUGGGGAUCGCCUCCCACCCGGAACCCCGCAACGGUUCCGCAUCGUCAGCUCUGCACCCGGGGAAAGGAGCGGGGAGGCCGGAGCGAGGUCCGGUUUGGCCCGGAAAGAGGAGCCCCCGGCACGCUACCCAGCCACCCCCGCCGCCCUUUUGCAGAGCGACGGCAAGGAGAAGCGGAACCCCUCCGGGCCGAGACGCCCCUACCCGGCCAUGAUGUGCCGGGGCACCCGCAGCCUCCUCCGGCACCCGCAGCGGGUCCUGCGCGCCUGGGCGCCUCUGCUGGGCGCGGGCAUCGGCCGGGCGCAUUCGGGGCGCUCGGCUGCUGCUCCUCCUUCCCGGCCGCUGCGGGUGCUGGUGGACAUGGACGGGGUGCUGGCCGACUUCGAGGGGGGGUUCUUGGAGAAGUACCGCGCCCGGUACCCGGACCUGCCCUACAUCGCGCUGGACGAGCGGCGCGGCUUCUGGGUCUCGGAGCAAUACGGGAAGCUCCAGCCUGGACUGAGCGAAAAGGCUAUCAGUAUUUGGGAAUCCAAGAACUUUUUCAUGGAGCUCAACCCUCUGCCAGGGGCUGUGGAAGCUCUGAAGGAGAUGGCAGAAUUAGAAGCGACUGAAGUCUUCAUAUGCACGAGUCCCAUCAAGAAGUAUCGCUACUGCCCGUAUGAAAAGUUCGCUUGGAUAGAGAAGCAUUUCGGACACGAAUUUUUGGAGCACGUGAUUCUCACCCGGGAUAAGACCAUCGUCUCUGGGCAUGUACUGAUUGAUGACAGGCCUGAUAUCGUAGGAGUGGAACGGACUCCCACCUGGGAGCACGUGCUUUUCACCGCCUGCCACAACAAGCAUCUGCAGCUCCCAGCUUCUUGCCACCGGUUGCACUCGUGGGCUGAUGAUUGGAAGGCCCUCUUGGAAAGCAAGCGAACUUGCUGAAGCUUGGAGAGUUCUCAGCAAGGCCAGCCAAGAGUGGGUCUGGUUGCCUGAGGCUAUUUUCUUGAGUUUCUGGCCAGAAGAAGAAGAAGAAG